GACAAGGAAAGUAUAUAAGAAGAAUUGAAGCACACAGCACCCGAUUGGACAUGUCUUUUUUUUUCCUGUGUGUCUUGAGACACUGCUGAAUUUUUUUUAUCUUCACACACACAAAAUGAGUUCAACAUUAUCGACACGAUUCUCCAGAGCAGGUGGACGGCUUGCGGUGCCAAGUUUGGGGGGCAUUUCUCGAUAUCGGUUGCCCUAUCGAGCAUCCGAACAGAGCAUCGCGGUAUCCCGCAAACCAUUGGCCUCCUUACCACGAUACUUGAGACAAUUGGCGCCGGUGUCGAAUUUCAUUCGACAUUAUGCGAAUGGUAGAGCCCAUCCUCCAGGCGGCACUCAUCGUAUGAACCUCGGUGGAGAACCCGAGAAACCGGCGCUUGAAGAGUUUGGCGUUGAUCUUACUGCUAGGGCUAGGGAUGGGAAGCUCGAUCCAGUCAUUGGCCGUGAUGCGGAGAUCCACAGGACGAUUCAGAUCUUAUCUCGGAGAACGAAGAAUAACCCGGUGUUGAUAGGAGCGGCUGGUACCGGAAAAACAGCUGUCUUGGAGGGCUUAGCGCAACGCAUAGUUCGAGGCGACGUGCCAGAGAGUAUUAAAAACAAGCGAGUUGUUGCUUUGGACCUUGGUCAGCUCAUUGCCGGUGCAAAAUUUCGGGGCGAUUUCGAAGAGAGAUUAAAACGAGUGUUGAAGGAAGUUGGUGAAGCUCAAGGAGGUGUGAUCCUGUUUGUCGAUGAGCUACAUACUCUCCUUGGGUUGGGGAAGGCAGAGGGCAGUAUCGAUGCUAGCAAUCUUCUCAAGCCUGCAUUAUCCAGGGGUGAGCUACAAUGUUGCGGAGCGACCACGUUGAACGAAUAUCGACAAAUCGAAAAGGAUGUGGCACUUGCCCGCCGUUUCCAGCCAAUCUUAGUUGACGAACCAACCGUUGCGGAUACCAUCUCGAUCUUACGAGGAAUUAAGGAUCGAUACGAAGUUCACCAUGGUGUGCGUAUUACGGACGGAGCUCUCGUAGCAGCCGCCACAUACAGUAACAGAUACAUAACGGAUCGGUUUCUCCCAGAUAAAGCAAUUGAUUUAGUUGAUGAAGCUGCUUCUGCAUUACGGUUGCAGCAAGAAUCGAAGCCUGACGCCAUUCAAAAGCUGGACAGGGAAAUUAUGACGAUACAAAUCGAACUGGAGUCGCUUCGGAAGGAAACAGACAUAGCUAGUAAGGAGCGUAAGGGGAAACUUGAAGAACUUUUGAAGGGAAAGCAAGAAGAGGUUGGCAAACUGAACGAAGUAUGGGAAAAGGAGCGUGCACAAAUCGAAGAAAUAAAGAAGACCAAGGAAGAUCUGGAGCGGGCCCGGCUUGACCUUGAACAGGCACAACGAGAAGGGAACUUUGGCAAAGCUGGUGAAUUGAGAUAUUCUAUCAUCCCAAGUCUCGAGUUAAAGAUCCCCAAGGAAGACGCUACGAUUUCUGCGACGGAUAGUCACUCUCUUAUCCAUGAUUCCGUUACUGCUGACGACAUCGCCGGUGUUGUCUCUCGCACCACGGGCAUCCCAGUCAAUAAGCUCAUGGCUGGUGAAGUUGAGAAGUUGAUUCGCAUGGAAGAUACUCUGCGCAAAUCUGUUCGUGGGCAGGAUGAGGCUCUUGCUGCUGUCGCCAAUGCGGUUCGAAUGCAAAGAGCUGGCCUUAGUGGUGAAAACCGUCCCUUGGCGUCGUUCAUGUUCCUCGGACCGACAGGUGUCGGAAAAACUGAACUCUGCAAGAAAAUGGCUGAAUUCCUGUUCUCAACUGAAACGGCUGUUCUACGAUUCGAUAUGAGUGAAUUCCAAGAGAAGCAUACAAUUAGCAGAUUAAUCGGAUCACCUGCUGGAUAUGUUGGCUAUGAAGAUGCUGGCCAGCUAACCGAGGCGGUUAGGAGGAAGCCGUAUGCCGUACUCCUUUUCGACGAGUUCGAGAAAGCCCAUCGUGAUAUCUCAUCCUUGCUUCUACAGGUCUUGGACGAAGGGUUCCUUACCGAUGCACAAGGUCAUAAAAUUGAUUUCCGAAAUACAUUAAUCGUUCUGACAUCGAAUCUUGGUGCCGACAUCCUUGUUGGAGCAGACCUUACACAAGGAGAUGAGAUCUCACAGGAGAUCAGAUCAGCAGUCAUGGCUAUCGUUCAGUCAUCGUACGCACCAGAAUUCCUGAACCGAAUAGAUGAGUUUAUCAUCUUCAAGAGACUCUCCCGCCAAGCACUGAGAGAUAUUGUCGACAUCAGACUUCGAGAACUACAAUCUCGGCUGGAUGAUCGACGAAUUACUUUGCAAGUGACCGACGAGACCAAAGACUGGCUUUGCGAUAGAGGUUAUGAUCCAAGAUAUGGAGCUAGGCCUCUAAAUCGCCUCAUUUCAAAAGAAAUCGGCAACCAUUUGGCGGACAAACUUAUCCGAGGUGAGGUGAUAACCGGUCAAACAGCCUAUGUUGUUUUUAAUGCAAACAAAACCGGACUGGAUAUCUCAACAAGCCCUCCAUGACCAAUAUAGCGAGCUGACUCGACAUUAUUCACGAUUUUAUGAUUGAUCUAUGUACAACAUUUGUUAUGGGAAAUAUCUUUGGAAAACGGAUUGGUAGAAGGUAAAUGCACAGUAUAUAAUACUCACUGUAUCAUAGGUAGUGUUGAAACCCGACUCACGUAAUAUAUACGCAAAAAAUUGCUUCUGUGAAUUACCAAAUUUGGUAAUUUCCACAUCUUUCC